GUCACAUUGUCAUCGAUUGCAUUCAACGAAGAUUCUUCUGUCUCUCCGGCAAACCGAAACGAUGUCGUACGCCUACCUUUUCAAGUACAUCAUCAUCGGGGACACCGGAGUUGGAAAAUCAUGUCUUCUUUUGCAAUUUACCGACAAACGCUUUCAACCGGUGCAUGAUUUAACCAUUGGUGUUGAAUUUGGUGCUAGAAUGAUUACAAUUGAGAACAAGCCAAUAAAACUGCAGAUCUGGGACACAGCUGGUCAAGAAUCAUUUAGAUCUAUAACGAGGUCUUAUUAUCGAGGUGCUGCUGGUGCACUACUUGUUUAUGAUAUUACAAGGCGGGAAACUUUUAAUCACCUAGUUAGUUGGUUAGAAGAUGCAAGGCAACAUGCAAAUGCAAACAUGACCAUAAUGCUUAUCGGAAACAAGUGUGAUCUCUCGCAUAGAAGAGCUGUAAGCACAGAGGAAGGCGAACAGUUUGCCAAGCAGCAUGGAUUGAUAUUCAUGGAGGCCUCUGCCAAAACAGCACAGAAUGUGGAGGAGGCAUUCAUCAGAACAUCUUCAACUAUAUAUAAGAAAAUUCAGGAAGGAGUAUUUGAUGUUUCAAAUGAGUCCCAUGGAAUAAAGGUGGGAUAUGGAGGCAUCCCUGGACCAUCAGGUGGAAGAGAUGGAACUAUUGCUCAAGGAGGGGGUUGUUGCAGUUGAAAAACGGGAGCGGAUGUUUAAGUCUUUCUGUUAUUAUGAUGCAAAAAAUGCCUGUUGCUAUUUAUUCGUCCAUUUCGCAUUCAUUCCUUCUCUUGUUCAAAGUUUGUAUCUUGUUUGUUUUAGUUAUCAUUUGUCCAAAGGUGAACUUGCAUCGGUACAUAAGUUGUUCUUCAUCCUCACUGUCACAUCUGGUGUAUUUAUUACAUAACACUGUCAAAUGUGAAUAGAUAAUGGUUUGAAAUGGUGAUCGUUUCCCAGUUCUUUAAUUUUAUCAAUUAUUAUUGUCAAGAUUUUACUUCA